UAUUUUAAAUUAUAAAUAAAUUUUUAAUUAUUUAUUAAGAAGAAAUGGAACAGAAAAGAAAUUGCAAUAUUCUUACACGAGCAACAUUUUCGAAGUUUUUUACCAUCUAAUAACUUUCUUUCUAUUUUCACUUGAAAGAUAGAGUUCAAGAUUAGACUAAUAAUAUUGCUUAUUUAUAUCCUAAAUACGAAAAUAUGUUAGGAGAUGAUCAUGAAAUUCUUCGACACGCCGUCGGAGAUGAUCCUGAUAGUACAACUGAGUCCGGCUGGUGUUUUGGUGCCGUUUCUCGAGAUACCAGCCACAGGUCGAGUAAAGGCAUCAUAUUUCAUAAAGAGGAGCCCUGCCAAGAUCACGCGGGAAAAUUACAGAGACGUCAUUAUACCUGGCGACAUGGCACCGAAAUCCAUCGAGGAAUUGUCCGUUUUGUUUGAGGAGGUUUACGUGCCGAUAUUGUCGAAUCCGAAAAACCACAAAAGCUGGCCGCACAUCAUCGGCGAAGACAUGAAGAAACACGUUUACGAUUUUCGCAACAUAAUAUGUCAGAUUAAAGGUAAGAUGACGGGGCAAACGUUACUGCCGAUGCCGAUGGGCAUCGAACAGGUAUUCGAAGCGGAAUGGAAAGCGCAGAAGAGCGGCGGGUUCGAGAUUGAUGCUCGUUUGAAAAGCGAUAUAGAGACUAUCGUAACAAAAUGGUGUUCGCAAAUUAGCGAUGUACUCAACGAGGAGAGCACACGCGGUUUUUUCAAUGAUAAACAGCCGCUACCGAGCGAGGAGAUCGAGUUUUGGCGUAAACGACUUGAAAACGUUGAAUCUAUCUACAAUCAGAUGAGGGAUCCUCGAGUGAGAAAGAUGGCAUCUAUCCUGGAAUUAACUAAAAGUCCCUACUCGCAGUCUUUUAAGACUCUGUUUAAGGAUGUUAUCACCGCGGUGAUCGAAGCGCGCGAUGUGUGUUCAUAUCUGACAGCAUUAGAACCUUAUAUCGAAGACAUACAAAAUACCGAAUUCAAAGAUAUACAACCGAAAUUGAAGCCACUGCUGCAUUGCGUGUGCCUAAUAUGGUCGAACUCGAAAUAUUAUUGCACUUCCACACGGAUAAUCACCCUGUUGUCCGAGAUAUCCAAUCUGCUGAUAAGCGAGGCCGCCAAAUAUUUGGAUCAGAGCACCUUGUUCGCGGGUGACGUGAAGGACAGUUUGAAACGUUUGGAGCACGUGACGGGCAUUCUGACCUAUUACACAGAAAUAUUCGAGUUCUUUCGAAGCAAGCUGGAUAAUUACUUCAAGCACUCGGCCGACUUAAUGCCGUGGAAUUUCGACGAGGAAUUAGUACUUGGAAGAAUAACGAAUUUUCAAAAACGUCUGGCAAAGAUAAAGACGUUGUUCGAGACGGCUCAAGAAUAUUUCAAGCUCGAAAAGAUGGAACUCGCCGGUUUGAAGGGAAAAACGCUAUGCUCGAUAAUAUACAAUAUUCACGAAAAGUUUGUCAAACUUUACAAUAAAUUUGCCGAGUUGCAAUACGAUAUUCUAAUACCGGAGGAUACACGAUUCGACGAUAGCGUCGCUUUCUUUAUAGCGAAGAUUGAGGAAUUCGAUCGACAGUUGGCGAAUCUAUUCGAUCAGGCGUUCUCCGAGUGUCACAAUAUAGAAUUUAUAUUUAAAAUAAUAUGGAUCAUAGGCUCGAUGGCCAAUCGACCGAUCAUCAUGGCGCAAUUGUGGCACAAUUACGAGAGAUUGCUUCAAAGAAUUCACAGUCAUUUCGAUGCAAUUAAAAUAAUAUUGGACAGCAGGUUUAAGAACCGUGACGAGAGCGUAUGGAUAGAGACCGAUCAGUAUUUCCCACGUGUGGCUGGCGCAUUGUGCACAUUGAUGCAAUUGCGGCAACGAAUAAACUUCCCUACGCAAUGCGUGAAAUCUGUCGAUCAUCCUCUGGUAAAUCUGAAAUUGACGCGCGAAACUAAGCCGAAGUACGAGCAGCUGCAGUCGCUCAUGGAUACGCUGGAGCACGAAAUAUUUACGGACUGGGCCAACAAGAUAGUCAAUAUAAGCAACGUUCACUUGUCGAAGAGCUUAUUAGCGAUACGCGGGAAUAAAUUGCUCGAUCUGAACUUCGACCCGGAGCUGACCGCUCUGCUGCGUGAAACUCGUUAUAUGAUGAUUAUGGAGAGGACAGACCUGCCCGUGGAAGCGAUUCGGCUCUACUACAAGACACAGUAUUUUUUCGAGAGCACGUACAAUCUCAGUUUGUUCAUACGAUGGUACAACCGGAUAAGGACUUACAGUUUGCCUGUGGAAUUUGAGUUGGUGAAACACGAAAUCAAGAAGGUAGACGAAUUGAUUCAUAUCGGUCAGGAAACUUAUAACUGGAAUUCUCCAGAAGUGCCGGAGUACAUCAGUAACCUGAUGCUUCCGAUACGAAAGUUACACUCGCGGAUCUUUUGCGCGCAAAAAAACGUCAAUGCGUUGCUACGAAUGAUUUACUCGUGGGCACUGUCACCGAUAUUGGAACGUAAGGAUUUUAAAAGCGAGAAUUUGCUCGCCGUGGCCGAACGUGAUGAGCAUUUCCAAAAGCGAUACGGUCAGAUCGAGCGUGCCGUCAGAGAACUGAAUCGAGUCUUGGACGAAAAUUACAAACUCUUCUUCGAGUUGUUGCCCGAUGCUUGGUACGAGAAAGACGAGUUCGAGUGGAACGGUAAUGCGCGAAUAGAUGUCGGGCAAAAAGUUAUGGAAUUAGACGAUUUCGAUGAUAGAACAGAGGACACUGAAGAGGACGCGCGAAUUCUACCGAGCAAACUGAAAAUUGAGGAGAGGAAAAGGGCGGGAGCUGAUGUGGAAAAUGAAAAAGCCGAACUGACAACAGAAAUAUUUCAAACGGACGAGGAAAUCGCUCAGUGUAUGAUCAAAUGGAAGCCAUAUCUCGUUUAUAUCGACGAUCUAAUAUCGAAAGCUCUGAUCCAAGCCGCUUCUACCAGUAUAUGUUACCUGCUGGAUGAAACCGAUCCAGAAAGCAACGUGUCGCCUCUUUUCGAGAUCCAGUUGUCACUUGAGGCGCCCCAAAUUGUCUUUCGUCCUGCGGUAGAUCCGGACGAUCCCGAAGGCUUCUACGCAUUUUACGAGGGCCUGCUGCUCGACAUUAUGAGAAUGGGAAUUCUGAUACCGCGUGUGGAUCCUGAUGUCGCAACUGAACGAGAGCAUUAUGGAAUCGAUUUAACGGAAGAAGAAAAUAUCAUUUUCAUGCUCGAGGAGACAUGUAACAGGAUCAAACUGGGUUUGGUGCAAGCACAGGAAUAUAUUACCAUCUAUGAGCCAUUUUCUUGGCUAUGGCUGGACGACAAGCAGCAGUACUUGAAUCUGUUCUUACGUUUUGGCCGAGCGUUAACAGAUGAGGAAAAAAACUUAAUGGCGCAGGGUCUAGAAAAUUUUCCGGAGAAUCCGAGAGAGAGAAAGCCAGGAUUGGAUGAUUUCAAAAGAGAGAUCGACUAUUUUAUGCAGCUUUACAAAAAAUGCGACGAACUCGAAAACGAGAAGAUUUUCUUACGUUGGUUACGUCUAGAUGUGAGAUCCUUCAAGCAAGCUCUGCUCAACACGAUUUGUAAAUGGACCAAUUUAUUUAAGACGCAUCUCAUCGAUUACGUAAACAACGAGCUCAGAAACCUUAGUGAAUUCUUGACAAAUGCUUUAAAGAAAUUCAUGCAGCCGAUCGCACCGGAUGAUUACGAAGAUUUGCUAAACACUAUAUAUUACUUAAAGGAAGUCCGAGAUCGGCAAUACCAAAUUGAUGACAUGUGGGAACCUAUAAAGGCGACCAUAGACCUUCUCAAACAGUACCAAGUAAAAUUCGGUGAGGAAACGUAUACCUGGCUAACGGAAUUGCCGGAACAAUGGGCGACGGUUAAGAAAUGGGCGGCGCAGGUGAAGCAGCUCGUGAGUCCUUUGAUGGCGCGACAAAUUGAGCUGCUGAAGAAGCAUCUUAAUUAUUACGAUUUCAGGCAACAGCAGUAUCUGACGCAAUUCCGCGAAAACGUCGUAUUUGGGUUCGAUUGUACAAACGUGUAUGAGAAACUAGACAAAAUAAACGAAGAGAUCCUGGCAUUUGAAGAGGAAUUAAAGGCAUUGCACGAUCAAGCGAAUAUAUUUGAGCAACAGGUAACAGAAUUUAAGCAAAUCAAGCUGGCUAGAAGAGAAUUAAGACUUCUAAAAAAUCUUUGGGAUUAUGUCAAUAUCAUUACGUCGAAUCUGGACGAAUGGAAGACGACAUUCUGGAAAAAAAUCGAUGUCGAUGGAAUGGAUCAAGAAUGUAAAAGAUUUAUUCGAGAAUUGAGACAAUUAGAUAAAGAGUUACGAGCUUGGGACUUGUACGCGCGCAUAGAAGCACAGGUGAGAAACAUGAUAUCAUCGUUAAGGGCAGUUUCGGAAUUGCAAAAUCCCGCCAUCAGAGACAGACAUUGGCAAGAGCUCAUGGCUGAAACACGGGUGAAAUUCACCAUGGACGAUAAAACCACUUUGGAAGAUCUGCUGAAAUUAGAGCUUCAUAAAUACGAGGACGAAGUUAAGAAUAUUGUGGACAAGGCUGUUAAAGAGAUGACCAUGGAGAAAGUUCUCAAGGAGCUGCACCACACGUGGGACACUCUCGAAUUCGUUAAAGAGAUGCACGAACGUACAAAACUCAACGUCCUGAAAAUAAGCGAAGAGACGAUUGAGAUGUUGGAGGAGAAUCAAGUGCAAUUACAAAAUAUGUUGGACUCCAAAUAUGUCGCCUUCCUCGAUGAGGUGAUGGAUUGGCAAAAGAAGCUCAGCAAUGCAGACGCCACGAUCAACGCCUGGUCCAAGGUUCAACAAACAUGGAUGCAUCUGGAGAAUUUUAUCGGUUCGGAAGAUAUAAGAAGCCAAUUGCCAGAGGAAUCGAAACUUGAGAAGAUAGACAAGGAAUUUAAGGAUCUAUUAAAGGAAAUGUUGACCAACUUGAACAUAGUGAAGUCGAUGAAUAGACCGAAACUCCUAGACCGCUUAGAGGAUUUGGAGAGACAACUGAGUAUUUGCGAGAAAGCGUUGUCCGAUUAUCUGGAGACGAAACGACUGGCCUAUCCACGGUUUUAUUUUAUCUCGUCCGCAGAUUUGUUGGACAUACUGAGCAAUGGAAAUUAUCCCGAAAUUGUUUGCAAGCAUUUGUCCAAAUUGUACGACUCGUUGGCGAAGUUGCAGUGGAAACUCGACGGAGGAAAGCCGACGAAACAAGCCAACGGGAUGGUAGCAAAAGACGGCGAGGAAAUGGCCAUGCAUGGCAUAUGCGAUUGCACGGGAAAGGUCGAGAUCUGGUUGAAUUGGGUUACGGAGGCGAUGACACGAACCGUGAGGUAUCACAUCAGCCAGGCUGUUGUCUCGUACGACGAGAAGCACCGUGACUCUUGGAUUCUAGAUCACCAGGCACAGCCGGCUCUAUGCGGCACCCAAAUCUGGUGGACCUCCGAGGUGAAUAUGGCAUUCGCGCGGCUCGAAGAGGGAUACGAGAAUGCCCUCAAGGAUUACCAGAAGAAGCAGAUCAGCCAGCUGAAUAUGCUGAUCGCGCUUUUACGAGGCGAGCUGAACGAGAACGAUCGGCAGAAGAUCAUGACCAUCUGCACCAUCGAUGUUCACGCACGUGACGUCGUCGGGAAAUUAAUAUCCAUCAAAGCGGAGAGCUUCACCAAUUUUCAGUGGCAGUCGCAGUUGAGACACAGGUGGGACGACAAAUCGGAAGAUUGCUUCGACAUUUGCGACGCCUGUUUCAUAACGCUUAUGAGUACCUGGGUAAAUAACGUGCCGCGGCUGGUAAUUACGCCGUUGACGGACAGAUGCUACAUUACGUUGACGCAAUCGUUGCAUCUGAUAAUGGGCGGCGCACCGGCUGGGCCCGCAGGGACGGGGAAAACCGAGACGACCAAGGACCUCGGUAGAGCCCUCGGACAAAUGGUUUAUGUCUUCAACUGUUCCGAACAAAUGGACUAUAAAUCUUGCGGCAACAUAUACAAAGGAUUAGCGCAGACUGGAGCAUGGGGUUGCUUCGAUGAAUUCAAUAGGAUUUCCGUCGAGGUCUUGUCAGUCGUCUCUGUGCAAGUGAAAUGCGUUCUGGAUGGUAAAAAUCGAAAGAAGAAAUUUCUGUUCUUUGGGGAGGAGAUCAACAUUGUGGACACAGUUGGCAUGUUUAUAACGAUGAAUCCCGGUUAUGCCGGUAGAACGGAAUUACCCGAAAACUUGAAGACGCUAUUUCGACCCUGCGCUAUGGUGGUGCCCGAUUUUGAGCUAAUUUGCGAGAUCAUGUUGGUGGCCGAGGGUUUCCAAGAAGCGAGAUUACUAGCGAGAAAGUUCAUUUCUCUGUAUAUGCUAUGUCGCGAACUCUUGUCCAAACAAGACCAUUACGACUGGGGUCUGAGGGCCAUCAAGUCCGUUUUGGUUGUUGCUGGAAAAUUGAAGCGCGACGAUAAGGAAACACCGGAGGAGCAAGUGUUAAUGAGAGCUUUAAGAGACUUUAAUAUGCCAAAAAUCGUGACUGACGAUGUGCCAGUAGUACAAUUGGAGGAGUUGCUUCACGUUCGACACUCUGUCUUUAUCGUCGGCCUCGCCGGGACCGGUAAGACCGAAGUCUGGAAAACGCUCAACCGAACGUACACGAAGCAAAUGCGCAAACCGCAUUACAACGAUCUGAAUCCGAAGGCGGUGACCAACGACGAGUUAUUUGGUGUCAUUAAUCCGGCGACGAGAGAAUGGAAAGACGGCUUGAUCUCCGUGAUAAUGAGGGAGCAGGCCAAUAUGCCCAGCAACGGUCCAAAGUGGAUCGUGUUCGAUGGUGACAUCGACCCGAUGUGGAUCGAAUCAUUGAAUACCGUGAUGGACGAUAACAAGGUCCUGACAUUGGCGAGUAAUGAGAGAAUUGCACUGACCAAACACAUGCGUCUUCUCUUUGAAAUCGCAACUUUAAGAACAGCUACGCCAGCGACAGUGUCCAGAGCAGGGAUCUUAUAUAUUAAUCCACAAGAUUUAGGUUGGAGCCCAUUUAUUACAAGCUGGAUAGAGACGAGAGAUAAUUCCGAACGUGCUAAUCUAUCGAUUCUCUUUGAAAAGUACAUUCCACCCUUGCUAGAAGUGACAAAGUCAAGAUUUAAGAAGGUCACUCCCUUACCAGAGAUAUGUCAUCUGCAAAUGCUUUGUCACUUACUUGAUUGUUUCCUGACUAAAGAAAAUGUCCCGCCGGAGUGUCCGAAGGAAUGGUAUGAAUUAUAUUUUGCCUUCGCUUGCAUUUGGGCGUUCGGUUCCGCGAUGUUUCGAGAUCAGCUGAUAGAUUGGCGAAAGGAAUUCAACAGAUGGUGGCUAAAUGAAUUCAGGGCCGUCAAAUUUCCAACGGGCGAAACUGUAUUCAGUUAUUUCAUAGAACCAGAGACAAAAAAGUUGGUACCCUGGACCGAGAAAGUCAUCCAGUUUGAAUUAGACUCGGAUAUUCCGCUUCAGUCCGCCUUGGUGCCAACUGGAGAAACGAUGCGUUUGCGUUUCUUCAUGGACUUGUUUAUGAAGAAACGCAUUCCAGUAAUGUUAGUGGGCGGAGCAGGCUCUGGAAAGAGUGUCAUAAUGGCCGACAAAUUGGCCGAUUUGGCAGAUAAUUACAAUAUCGCAAAUGUUCCUUUCAAUUUCUACACAACAUCAGACAUGUUGCAGAAGGUACUCGAGAAGCAUUUGGAGAAGAAAGCGGGACGAAAUUAUGGGCCACCAGGAACGAAACUCUUGGUAUAUUUUAUAGACGACAUGAACAUGCCGGAAGUGGACACUUACGGGACUGUACAACCUCAUACUCUCAUCAGGCAACAUAUGGAUUAUAAUCAUUGGUACGACAGAACGAAACUAACUCUAAAGGAGAUUCACAAUACGCAGUAUGUGUCUUGCAUGAAUCCUACCGCAGGUAGUUUCACCAUAGAUCCUCGCUUGCAGAGACACUUCGCCGUUUUUGCUGUCAGUUUUCCCCAAAUCGAGGCGCUCAAACUGAUAUACAGCCAGAUCCUCGAGCAGCACGUGAUUGAUCCGCGGCAAAAGUUUCAUCCGGCGGUGCAGAAGUUCACGGGUCCCUUGAUAAACACCGCGUUGUAUUUCCACGAUAAGAUCGCCGCGACCUUCCUACCGACGGUCAUCAAGUUCCACUAUGUUUUCAACUUACGCGACUUAACCAACAUAUUUCAAGGAAUGCUGUUCGCCCGCGGUGACGUCUUACCACUUCCGAGUCACAUAAUCAGGCUUUACGUUCAUGAAGCGACGCGGGUGUAUCGGGACAAAUUAGUGAAUUUUGACGAUCAGAAAGUGUUUGAUCGGCUGUUGCUCGAAGCUCUUCGAAAAAAUAUACCCGACUUGAACGAGAACGAAAUCGGUUUGGAGCAGCCGUUGAUAUACUGUCAUUUCGCGGAAGGGAUCGGAGAACCCAAAUAUGCGCCUGUCAAGAAUUGGGUCCAGCUUGUAAAAUUACUCGAUGAAGCUUUGCUCAAUUAUAACGAACUGGUCUCUGCAACGAAUCUAGUACUAUUCGAGGACGCUAUACAUCAUGUGUGUCGUAUCAAUAGAAUAUUGGAGGCGCCGAGGGGUAAUGCACUUCUUGUGGGCGUAGGUGGCAGCGGCAAACAAUCCUUGUCACGACUAGCUUCUUUCGUUUCCUCGUUGGAGGUAUUUCAAGUACAACUGCGUAAAGGUUACUCGUUAAACGAGCUGAAAGCUGACUUGGCCGUGUUGUACUUGAAGGCCGGUAUAAGAGGUAUCGGUAUUACUUUCUUAAUGAGCGAUUCACAAGUUGCUGAGGAAAAAUUCUUAGUCGUUGUGAAUGAUAUGCUGGCGUCGGGGGAGAUUGCAGACCUGUUGACUGACGACGAAGUGGAUAACGUCAUUAAUACUGUGCGCAACGAGGUCAAGCAAACCGGGCUAAUCGACACUAAAGAGAACUGCUGGAAAUUCUUCAUCGAACGCGUGCGAAGGCAAUUGAGAUGCGUCCUGUGUUUCUCACCAGUAGGGGCGACCCUACGAAAAAGGGCCAGGCAGUUCCCCGCAAUAGUAAAUUGCACUGCGAUCGACUGGUUUCAGGACUGGCCACAAACGGCUUUAGAAUCCGUGUCGGCGACGUUUUUGGAGGAUUUAAAGGAGUUACCGGUCGAAUAUCGAACUUCCGUAUCACUUUUCAUGUCUUUUGUUCACACAAGUGUGAACAACGUGUCCGCGAUAUAUUUGCAAAAUGAAAGGAGAUACAACUACACGACGCCAAAAUCAUUUCUCGAGCAGAUCUCUUUGUACUCUAAAUUGUUAACGGAAAAAACAUACGAUUUGAACGCGAUAAUUUCGCGUCUCAACGAUGGAUUGGUGAAACUCGCAUCCUGCGCCAUUGAGGUCGACAAGUUAAAGAUCAUUCUGACCGCUCAAGAGAUCGAGUUGAAGAAAAGGAACGAGAUAGCCGACAAGAUAUUGACCGAAGUGCGUGCGGAGAACGCGAUUGUGGAGGCAGAAAAGGCUAUCGUGAUCGAGGAAGAGGCGAAAGUGGCGGAGAUGAAAGAGGUGGUGUUGGAAAAUCAGAGACACUGCGACGAAGACCUGGCCCGGGCGGAGCCGGCGGUGCGCCAGGCCGAAGCUGCGCUCGAUACUUUGAACAAGAAUAACUUAACCGAGUUGAAAUCUUUCGGGACGCCGCCGGAAGCGGUGCUAAUGGUCGUCCAGGCUGUGCUCAUUCUAUUCUCACAUGAGGGAAGAAUUCCGAAAGACAAGACUUGGAAAGCCUGCAGAAUGGUAAUGGGAUCUAUUGACGGCUUUCUGUCGCACUUGCGGCAUUAUGAAAAAGAGAACAUACAUCCGGAGGUCGUUAAAGCGAUCCAGCCAUACAUCAAUGCCAAAGAGUUCGAUCCGGAUUUCGUUUAUUCAAAAUCACAAGCGGCAGCAGGACUGUGCAGUUGGGUCAAAAAUAUCAUGAUAUUUCAUUACAUUAACGAGGGCGUAAAACCUCUGAGAGCCGCGCUCGCUCAGGCAAAUGCCGAGUUGAGGGCCGCUGUGGAGAAGUUGCAUUCUUUGAGGAACCGCUUGGCGGAGCUUCAGAGGAUGCUAGACAUUUUGAGCGAAAAGAUGAACGUGGCUUUAGCCGCAAAACAAAAGUGUCAGGACGAAGCGGAAGCCACCGCGUUUACUAUAGAUCUAGCAAAUCGAUUGGUAAAUGGCCUCGCGUCCGAGAACGUUCGUUGGGCCGAGACUGUGCAAGUGUUAAAAAAAUCUGAAAUUACCCUACCGGGCAAUGUGUUGCUCGUCACGGCAUUCAUCUCUUAUAUGGGAUGUUUUACGAGGAAAUACAGAAUGGAUCUCAUGAAUUUACAUUGGUUACCGUUUCUCGACAACCUGCAAGUGCCAAUACCGCACACACCAGACUUGGAUCCGUUGUCUUUAAUGACCGACGACGCGAAGAUCGCCCAGUGGAAUAACGACGGUUUACCUACGGAUAGAAUGUCCUCUGAAAAUGCGACGAUACUCACGAAUUCGUCCAGGUGGCCACUAAUGAUCGACCCGCAAUUACAGGGAAUCAAGUGGAUCAAGAAUAAAUACGGGGACAAAUUAGUGGUAUUGCGUUUAACUCAAAAGAAUUACCUCGACAGAAUCGAACACGCUAUCGCGCACGGAGAGGUAGUGUUACUGGAGAGUAUUGGAGAAACCGUCGACGCCGUCCUAGAUCCGAUCCUGGGUCGGGUUUUAAUAAAGAGAGGAAGGGCCAUCAAGGUGGGGACAAAGAGGUGGAUUACGAUCCGCGCUUCCGUCUCAUCUUGCACGAAACUGGCGAAUCCUCACUACAAGCCGGAGAUGCAAGCACAGACCACGCUCAUCAAUUUCACGGUUACGAAGGACGGUUUGGAGGAGCAGCUAUUAGGCGCCGUCGUGAAAGCGGAACGUCCGGAUCUGGAGUCGAGCAAAGCCAAGCUCACGACUCAACAAAACAUGUUCAAGAUCACGCUGAAGGUGUUAGAGGACGAUUUGUUACACAGAUUAGCAACGGCGGGACCCGACAUUCUAAGCGACGUCGCUCUCGUGGAAAACCUAGAAACUACGAAAAAGACCGCGAGCGAGAUCGAAGCGAAGGCGAUCGAGACGAAGGUGACCGCUACAAGGAUAGACGAGGCGCGAGAGUCCUAUCGGCCGGUGGCAUCCGGGGCAAGCCUCCUCUACUUCAUUCUUAACGACCUCAACAAGAUCAACAUGCUGUACCAAUUUUCUCUCAAGGCGUUCAGCACGGUCUUUCAGAAUGCUAUUAAAUUCGCGGAACCGGCCGACGCCCUCGGUAAACGCGUCGCCAGUCUGAUCGACAGCGUCACGUAUCUGGUUUUUACGUACACCAGUAGAGGACUAUUCGAGAGCGACAAGCUCAUAUUUCUCUGUCAGCUGACUCUUCAGAUUCUCCUGCAAACAAAGGAGAUAGAUCCAACCGAGGUAGAUUUUCUCUUGCGAUUUCCUUAUUUACCGGAUCAGACGAGUCCGGUGGACUUUUUGAGCAAUGUCGCCUGGGGCGGCAUCAAGUAUUUGAGCGGAAUGGAAAAUUUCCGCAAUCUAGAUCGCGACAUAGACGGGGCGGCGAAGAGAUGGAAGAAAUUCGUGGAAUCGGAAACGCCGGAGAGAGAAAAAUUCCCUCAGGAAUGGAAAAAUAAGCCAGCCUUUCAGAGACUUUGCAUAAUGAGAUGCGUGAGACUAGAUCGAAUGGUCUACGCCAUACGAGGUUUCGUGGAAGAGAAACUGGGUGCAAAAUUCAUACAGUUCCGUACGCAGCUAUUCGAAAAAUCAUACGAAGAGACGAGCGCGAGCACGCCGGAUGUCGAGAAACUCGGUAGACGGCUCGGCUUUACGUUCGAUGCACAAAAUUUCCACAACGUAUCCUUGGGACAAGGUCAAGAGCCCGUCGCCGAAGAGGCGAUGGACAUCUCGGCGCGCGACGGUCACUGGGUUAUACCAAAUAUCCAUCUGGUGCGAAACUGGUUGCCAAAUUUGGAAAAGAAAAUAGAACAGCUCUCAGACGAGUCGCACAAAAACUAUCGUCUUUAUAUUAGUGCGGAACCAAGCCCCGAUCCUCAUGAGUCGAUAAUACCGCAGGGCAUAUUAGAGUCGGCCAUAAAGAUCACCAAUGAACCGCCGACGGGUAUACGUGCCAAUAUCCACAAAGCUCUGGACAACUUUAGCCAGGAAACGUUGGAGUCUUGCACCAAGGAGACAGAGUUCAAAGCUAUUCUCUUUGCUCUUUGUUAUUAUCACGCUGCUGUAGCCGAACGUAGAAAAUUCGGGGCGCAAGGAUGGAAUAGGUUAUAUCCCUUUAACGUCGGCGACUUGACCAUCAGUGCUUCGGUAUUGUUAAACUAUCUCGAGGGUAAUACCAAGACACCCUGGGAGGAUUUGCGUUAUUUGUUCGGAGAGAUCAUGUAUGGUGGUCAUAUAACCGAUAAUUGGGACAGAAGGCUCUGUAGAACGUAUCUCCUCGAAUAUCUACAGCCGGAAUUGGUCGAAGGCGAAUUAAAUCUAGCGCCGGGUUUUCUGGUGCCACCCAGUACUGAUUACGAGGGCUACCAUCAAUAUGUGGAAAAUUAUUUGCCGACGGAGAGCCCCGUCCUGUAUGGACUUCACCCCAAUGCUGAAAUCGGGUUCCUUACAAACACGGCGGAGAACUUAUUCAGGACAAUCUGGGGGAUGCAGCCGCGGGACGUCGCCGAUGUAACAGCCGGAGUGUUAUCGAAAGAGGACAAGGUGAAGGUUAUGAUAGAGGAUUUACUCGACAAGCUUCCCGAGGAGUUUAAUAUACCAGACUUGAUGAGCAAGGUAGAAGAUCGCACUCCUUUCGUUAUCGUCGCUCUCCAAGAAUGCGAGCAUAUGAAUACGCUUUGCAAAGAACUAAAAAGAUCUCUGAGAGAGUUGGAUCUCGGUUUGAGGGGAGAGCUCACGAUCAGCGCGGACAUGGAGGAUCUGCAAAAUCACCUGUUUAUGGAAUCUGUACCACCGUCAUGGACCAAACGCGCUUAUCCCUCCACUCUUGGUUUGUCGAACUGGUUCGCGGACAUGCUCAAUCGAAUAACCGAGUUAUCGAAUUGGACGGUAGAUUUUAACUUACCGUUGUCGAUUUGGCUGGGUGGUUUCUUCAAUCCGCAGUCCUUACUUACCGCCAUCAUGCAGCAAACCGCCCGUAAAAACGAGUGGCCCUUGGACAAGAUGUGUCUGCAUUGCGAUGUGACCAGAAAGCAGAAGGAGGAAAUUACGGUGCCGCCGCGAGAGGGCGCAUACGUGAACGGCCUGUAUAUGGAGGGUGCGCGAUGGGAUGUCCCGAUUGGUAUUAUCACGGAUAGCCGGCACAAGGAACUGUUCUGCCUAAUGCCGGUAGUGUUCGUGAAGGCGAUCACCCAAGACAAGCAAGAGACGAAGAACAUGUACGAGUGUCCAAUUUACAGAACUAGAAUGCGCGGACCUACGUACAUCUGGACGUUCAAUCUGAAGACCCGCGAAAAGCCUACCAAGUGGACUCUGGCCGGCGUCGCGAUUCUCCUACAGAUUUAAGCUCCUCCUUUUCCUCUCUGGCUCGCGAAACCGACGUUCACACGCGAUUUCGCGCUCGUAAUAGUUUCUUCUUUUUUUAUGCUUCUCUUCACACGAGUAAUGACAAGUCGUACCGCCGCCGCCGCCGCCGCGCGACCACGAUUUCCCGGUUAAUAACCUCUUGGCAAUUACGUCAAACCUUCGCCGAGUUACGGUCGAGUCGAGGAGCGGCGAUAAUUACAAUGCGCGUAUUCGGGUAAUUACGAUUGGCGUAUAUACGCGUCCGUUGUAACGGCGAUCUCUCU